AUGAACGGUAUCAACACGUUAGCAUACUUUACUGGACCCCUUUUCACUUCCUACAUCGGUCUGACAGAGCUGGUUUCUCAUAUCUUGUCAGGGGCUCUCUUCACAUUCCAAUUGAUGGGCUCUUUUGUUGCCUAUGGCUUGAUUGAUAGACUCGGAAGGCGAAAACUGAUGCUUAUAUCUUCUGCUGGUAUGGGCACUUUUAUGCUAGGGUUCUGCAUUUCAAUUUCUCAAACUCCUGCGAAAUCUGCGGCCAUCGCUGCCUCUGUCUUUGUUUUCCUUUUCACAUUCUCUUUCCCAGUAGGAUUCCUUGGACCCCCAUUCUUAUAUGCUACUGAAAUUGCUCCACUUGCUUACAGAGUGCACAUCAACGCUGUGUCGACUGCAACUACGUGGGCGUUCAACUUUUUAAUUGCUGAGGUGACUCCAACGGCCGUCAAUAACAUCCAUUGGCGUUACUAUCUCAUAUUUGCAAUUAUUAAUUUGUGUAUCAUAGUGCCUGUUAUUUACUUUUUCUUCCCUGAGACAGCAGCAAGACCAUUGGAGGAGAUCGAUGAGAUUUUCAUGAAUUCGAAGAACAUGUUCGAGGUUGUGCCAAUUGCAAGACGUCUACAAACAAGAGAAGUUUCGGAAGGCACAAACGUAUUAGGCAAAGAUGAAGUAGAAUAUAUCGAACAUAGUGCCUAG